AUGGACUUGGGAGUGAAGACCUCGCAAAAUAUUAGUCAAGGAAAGAACAUAGGACGACAUGUCUUCAGCCAUGUGGUGCAAGUGAAUACGGGAGGAGGCAUCAUUCCAAGGCAUGUGGAAAGCUCGACUCUAGACAAUUUCAGCUGGGUAACUGACUGUGUGAUUGUAAAAGGGGAAUUUACUGGACUGCCUCCUGGAAAGCAUGGCCUUCACGUUCAUUGCUUUGGUGACUUAACCAAUGAUUGGAUUAGUGCAGGACCUCAUUACAAUCCAGACCAUGAAAUCCAUGGUGCACCAGAAGAGAACAACAGACAUGCAGGUGACCUGGGCAAUGUGGAAGUGAAUGAAGACGGUUUGGCCAAGCUGGAUAUGGAGGUGCAACAUUUCCAUCUGACAGGAAUUCAUUCUAUUCUUGGACGCUCCCUGGUGAUUCACCAGAAUGAAGAUGACCUCGGAAAAGGUGAUAAUGAAGAAAGCCUGACAACAGGAAAUAGUGGAGAGGGUUUAGCAUGGGGAGUGAUAGGAAUUUGUCAGAGUGAUAUUUUAGAGGAAGUCUUAGAAGAAAAGCCUAACCAAUAA